ACUUCCACUGGCUUUGCUGAGGCAUUGCACAAGGGAGAGAUCCGUUAAGCCUGAGGAAGAGGAAACUGUUGGGUUUGGGAGAUAGAUUCUGCUCCCCUGACUGUCUCUUCUUCUGUAAUGAGAUGGACUUGCAGGGGAAGGACUUUGUCAAAUCCUGAAGUCUUCAAGAACUGGGGAUCUCAGCAGGGGGUACCUCACCAGGCAGACACAUGGAGCCAGAGGAGACUGGUGGUUCUGUUUAUCAGCCCUUGGAUGAGUCACACCAUGUUCAAAGAGGCAUACUGCAAGCCCUCGGGGCCAUCCAGAUCCUUAAUGGAAUACUGAUUCUAGCUCUGGGUAUUUUUCUGGUUUGUUUACAACACUUGUUCCACCACUUCAGGCAUUUCUUUUUCUUCACGUUCUACACAGGCUACCCACUCUGGGGUGCUGUGUUUUUUAUUGGCUCAGGAUCCUUGACUGUUGCCGCAGGGAGAAACCCCACAAGAAUGCUGAUGCAGAACAGUUUUGGGAUGAAUGUUGCCAGUACGACAAUUGCAUUUGUUGGGACUGCUUUCCUUUCUGUACAUUUGACACUCAACACCCAGGUUUUAAAGGGUUGCCAGUCUUCACUGUCACCUGAUGUAUGCGUUUUACUGGGUUCCUCAUCAAAUGGCCUGGUGUCUUUGAUGCUGAUUCUCACCCUGCUGGAGCUGGGCAUUACCAUUUCUAUCUCAGCCAUGUGGUGCCUAGGAAAUGUCUGUGGUUCAAGAGAGGCAAUUACUUCACCUCCUAAUUCUGUGGAAUCAGGAAUACCCCCUGAAGGAAGCAAUUCUGAGAACCUGAACACUCAGCCUCAAAGCACCGAAGAAUGAGAACUUCAUCUGAAAACUCAGCAGAGCAUGAACAGAUGAAAUGCAAUCCUCUCAUGGAAAAGUUCACGAGAAAGCUGCCAUCUGUUCCAAUCCUCCUCCCCCACCCCCACCCCCACCCCCGUAAAUCCACUAGCAUGGCCUAGAUCUGGCCGAAUAAGUAUAUUUCCUUAG